AACUCACCUGCUGCACUCUUCCACUCCUGUAGGUACAUCUGCCUUAACUUCAAUCACCAUGGAAUCUGCCAUCAACACCCUGGUCUGCCAGUUCAAGACCUUCGCUGGAAAGGAUGGGUCAGCAACCACCCUUAGCAAAGACGAGUUCAAGAGCUUGGUGGUGUCUCAGCUGCCCACCCUAGUCAAGAAUGCCAGUGAUCCUGGGGUGAUCGACCAGCUCAUGAGCUCUUUGGACCAGAACAAUGACGGAGAGCUGACCUUCAUGGAGUUCUGGCAGCUGAUUGGCUCCGUGGCAAGCAAGCACAGUGGCCUCUGCUAGUAGGAGACCAGCAUGAACGCGGGCUCGUGAAAAACAAUGUGUGUUCGAUUUCAAAAAAAUGCCUCUCUGUGUGUUGCAUCGCUCCUGUUCAACCUCAGGACUGGCUGUGCUGUGCACACAAUGCCAUAGCUAAUCAUUCUCUGGAGCAGGUGACCUGCAAAUAAAAUACUCCAUUGUUGUGAA